AUGAAGUCGGGGAAAAGUUCGGCGGGGUCUUCUGGUGGAGGCAACGCACACCCUGGCAAUGCGAAGAAGGGAAAAGCGGAAACUACAGGCCCUGUGAUGGAAGAAGCCCAGAUUUGUUGUGGCUGCCGCUUUCCAUUGCUGGUGGCUGUGUUACAGCUUUUGCUGGGUAUCACGAUAGCAGUCGUGGCCUUUCUCAUGGUUGCCAUUAGCUCUUCUCUGCUGGCCAGGGAGACGCCCCACUGGGCUGGAAUCAUUAUGUGCGUGGUGUCUCUGGUGGGGUUCAUCUUAUUCUGCAUUACCAGAGUGCCUGAUGAGAGAGCAACGGUGCAAUUUAUCACAAAGCUCCUGUACUUCCUCUUGUGCACAAUAGGGCUUGUCAUCUCUGUGCUGGUCAUUGCCUUCCAGAGCUACCACUACAACCUCACCAAUAGCCUCACAUGCGAAGAAAAGGGCGAGGACUGCGUGUGCAACCUGGAUCCAGAAGAUCCUAUUGCUCGAACCUUUACCUACAGCGGCGUGACAGAUUGCAGUGCCGUCGUAAGCACAUUACCAAUGUACAACCUACUGCAGAUCGUACUGAAUCUGGCUCAGGCCAUUGUCUGUCUGGUAGGGGCCUUCAUGAUAUGGAAACAUCGGUACCAGGUGUUUUUUGCUGGUCUGCAGAAGGGAUCUCCCUCUGACCAGCAGUGGCAGAAAGUUUAGGGCUGAGAAAUUUCUCUCGAGACGCGAAAAAGGUGGAGCGUAAGAGCGUUUGUGCCUUUAAGGAAGAAACUUUUUUGUUUUAUGCAAUAUGCAAUCUUUUAUUCAAGCAAUCUGUGUUUGUAUUAUGAUAUUAUAAUAUUUUGAAAGUUUUAUGCAAAAUUAUUAAACUUUUGUAUUUUGGCCUUUUUUUAAAUUUCACUUAAGGUAACAGACUUAAAGGGACACUCCACUUUUUUUGAAAAAAUUCUUAUUUUUCAGCUCCCCUAAAGUUAAACAUUAAAUUUUACUGUUUUGGAAUUCAUUCAGCUGAUCUCCGGGUCUGGCGCUACCGCUAGCUUAGCAUAAUUCAUUGAAUCUGAUUAGACCAUUAGCGCUCAAAAAUAUUUUUCCUAUUUAAAACUUGACUAUUCUGUAGUUACGAUGUGUACGCAGCAGCCUAAAAUAGUCCCCUUAGUAACUUUCAAUAGCAGGGGUCUAUUUUCAGGCACUGUGUAAUUUCAUUGCGCCUCCUGCAGCCAUGUUACGGCAGCAAAGUCAUUGAUUAUUACGCCAGACUGAGAGUAUAUCUAGCCAUAUCUGCCUAGAAAAUCCCAACUUUUAAUUUUUCAUCGGUCUUAGUACACGAUGUAACUACAGAA